AUGCAUCUGCUCUGCCUCUUCAUACUUCCCCUGGCUUCUAAGCACAAGUGCCAGGUUAUUCAUGCUGCCGAGUGUGUCGGGAUUCUCGGGUCCCACACCUUCUUCCUCAUCUCCAGUGCCUGCCGAUGCAUCUGCUCUGCCUCUUCAUACUUCCCCUGGCUAUCAAAAACGAGUGCCAGGUUGUUCAUGCUGGUGAGUGUGGAGGGAUUCUCGGGUCCCAGCACCUUCUUCCUCAACUCCAGUGUCUGCCGAUGCAUCUGCUCUGCCUCUUCAUACUUCCCCUGGCUUCCAAGAACCAGUGCCAGGUUGUUCAUGCUGGUGAGUGUGUCGGGAUUCUCGGGUCCCAGCACCUUCUCACUUAACUCCAGUGCCUGCCGAUGCAUCUGCUCUGCCUCUUCAUACUUCCCCUGGCUGUCGAAGCACUCUGCCAGGUUGUUCAUGCUGGUGAGUGUGGAGGGAUUCUCGAGUCCCAGCACCUUCUGA